UCUCUUCUCUUGUCCUAGGGAAUGUGAAGGAGCUGAUGGAUUUGGUUUACCACCAUGUUCCAGAGGCAAAGCUGGUAGAAUGCAUUGGUCAAGAACUUAUCUUCCUUCUUCCGAACAAGAAUUUCAAGCAGAGAGCAUAUGCCAGCCUUUUCAGAGAGUUGGAGGAGACACUGGCUGACCUGGGGCUCAGCAGCUUUGGAAUUUCUGACACUCCCCUGGAAGAGAUUUUUCUGAAGGUCACAGAGGACUCUGAUUCCAGCUCUAUGUUUGCAGGUGGCAUGCAGCAGAAAAGAGAACAUGGCGGUCUCAGGCACCCUUGUUCUGUUCCCACUGAGAAGGUCAGGCAGCCUGCCCAGGGCCCCCACACCUGCUUCCCAGGACAAGUGGAUCCUUCCAAGGGACAGCCUUCCCCAGAGCCAGAGGAACCCGGUGCCCCAUUCAACACAGGUGCUCGGCUGAUUCUUCAACAUGUGCAGGCGCUGCUGGUCAAGCGAUUCCACCGCGCUGUCCGCAGCCACAAGGACUUUCUGGCUCAGAUGGUUCUUCCUGCCACUUUUGUAUUUUUGGCUCUGAUGCUUUCCAUCAUUGUGCCUCCGUUUGGUGAAUUUCCAGCUUUGACCCUUCACCCCUGGAUGUAUGGGCAUCAAUAUACCUUCUUCAGCAUGGAUGAGCCCAGCAAUGAACACCUCGAAGUGCUGGCAGAUGUCCUCCUGAACAAGCCAGGCUUUGGCAACCGUUGCCUAAAGAAGGAGUGGCUUCCGGAAUACCCCUGUGGCAACUCAACCUCCUGGAAGACACCUUCUGUGUCCCCAAACAUCACCCACCUGUUCCAAAAGCAGAAAUGGACAGCAGCCCACCCCUCUCCCUCCUGCAAGUGCAGUACCAGAGAGAAGCUCACUAUGCUGCCAGAGUGCCCUGAGGGUGCUGGAGGGCUCCCACCCCCACAGAGGACACAACGCAGCACUGAAGUCCUACAAGACCUCACAAACAGGAACAUCUCCGACUACUUGGUAAAAACGUAUCCUGCUCUCAUAAGAAGCAGCUUAAAGAGCAAAUUCUGGGUCAAUGAACAGAGGUAUGGAGGAAUCUCUAUUGGAGGGAAGCUUCCUGCCAUCCCCAUCACAGCGGAAGCACUUGUUGGUUUUUUAGGUGACCUUGGCCAGAUGAUGAAUGUGAGUGGGGGUCCUGUCACCAGAGAGGCCUCUAAAGAAAUGUUAGAGUUCCUCAAACAUCUUGAAACCAAAGACAACAUUAAGAUAAAUUAUGCCGUGAGUGCCGGGCUGGUGGUGGGCAUCUUCAUUGGAUUUCAAAAAAAAGCCUACACAUCUGCAGACAACCUUCCUGCUCUCGUUGCUCUGCUCAUGCUAUAUGGAUGGGCAGUCAUCCCCAUGAUGUACCCAGCAUCCUUCCUGUUUGAUGUCCCCAGCACAGCCUAUGUGGCUUUGUCUUGUGCUAACCUGUUCAUCGGCAUCAACAGCAGUGCCAUCACCUUCAUCCUGGAAUUAUUUGAGAAUAACCGGACACUGCUCAGGUUCAACGCCAUGUUGAGGAAACUGCUCAUUGUCUUUCCUCACUUCUGCCUGGGCAGAGGCCUUAUCGACCUGGCACUGAGUCAAGCUGUGACAGAUGUCUAUGCCCAGUUUGGUGAGGAGUACUCCUCCAACCCAUUCCAGUGGGACCUGAUUGGGAAAAAUCUGGUUGCUAUGGCAAUAGAAGGGGUAGUAUACUUCCUUCUGACACUCCUCAUCCAACACCACUUUUUCCUCACCCGGUGGGUUGCUGAGCCUGCUAGAGAGCCCAUUUUUGAUGAAGACGAUGAUGUAGCUGAAGAAAGACAAAGAAUUAUUAGUGGGGGGAAUAAAACUGACAUCUUAAGGCUAAAUGAACUAACCAAGGUUUACUCAGGCUCUUCCAGUCCAGCAGUAGACAGAUUAUGUGUCGGAGUCCGUCCUGGAGAGUGCUUUGGUCUCCUGGGAGUGAAUGGUGCAGGCAAGACAACCACAUUCAAGAUGCUCACUGGGGACACCACAGUGACAUCAGGUGAUGCUACCGUAGCAGGCAAGAGCAUUUUAACCAAUAUUUCGGACGUCCAUCAAAACAUGGGCUACUGUCCUCAAUUUGAUGCAAUUGAUGACCUACUCACAGGCCGGGAACAUCUUUACCUCUAUGCCAGGCUGCGGGGUGUGCCAGCAGAGGAAAUCGAGAAGGUUGCCAACUGGGGUAUCCAGAGCCUGGGCUUGUCUCUCUAUGCUGACCGCCUGGUAGGCACCUACAGUGGCGGUAAUAAGCGGAAACUCUCCACGGCCAUAGCACUCAUUGGCUGCCCGCCGCUGCUGCUGCUGGAUGAGCCCACGACAGGGAUGGAUCCCCAGGCACGCCGCAUGCUGUGGAAUACCAUUGUGAGCAUCAUCAGAGAAGGGAGAGCUGUGGUUCUAACCUCUCACAGCAUGGAAGAAUGUGAAGCACUGUGUACACGGCUAGCCAUCAUGGUGAAAGGCGCCUUCCAGUGUCUGGGCACCAUUCAACACCUCAAGUACAAGUUUGGAGACGGCUACAUUGUCACAAUGAAAAUUAAAUCCCCAAAGGACGACUUGCUUCCCGACUUGAAUCCAGUCGAGCAGUUCUUCCAGGGUAACUUCCCAGGCAGUGUGCAGAGGGAGCGGCACCACAGCAUGCUACAGUUCCAGGUCUCCUCCUCUUCCCUGGCCAGGAUCUUCCAGCUGCUCGUCACCCACAAGGACAGCCUGCUCAUUGAGGAGUACUCAGUCACUCAGACCACGCUGGACCAGGUGUUUGUGAACUUCGCUAAACAGCAGAUGGAGACCUAUGACCUCCCUCUGCAUCCUCGAGCUGCUGGAGCCAGCUGGCAAGGCAAG